AUGAGCAUCACCGCUUGGACCGACGAGGAUGUCCGAGCAUCCCUUGUCCCUCAGAAAGAGUUCCCUACCUGCUCCUAUCGUCGAGGAACUCGACUGGGCCGAGGUGCAUAUGCCAACGUCUACAAGGUACUCAACGUCAAAACCGGCGGCCUGUUCGCCGGCAAGGUCUCUCCUGAGUACGCCGAUCACCUACGAAAGGAAGCCAGAAACUUGACUAGACUGAACCACUCCCAGAUUGUCAAGUUCAUCGACUACUGUGAGGACAAGCACAACCCAGCCGCCAGCGUCCUCGUCAUGGAGCUCUGUGCUGGGGGCAGUCUUCAAGACAAAAUUCAUGACAACCCUGCAGGUCUCAAAGGCAAAGACACCUUGCAAGUCAUGCUCCAGGUUGGGCAAGCCGUCGAGUAUCUUCAUGGGAAAGGACUCUUCCAUGGAGAUAUCAAACCACGCAACAUCAUCAUACGAUCCUGGUCUCCUGUCGAUGUUGUCGUCGGCGACUGCGCAGAAGUCAUGAAGGUCGAGCAUAUUGACCGGCACAAACGACCUCACGGAACCCGCUCCUACUGGUCGCCUUACAUCGAGAAGUACUGGAGACACUCCGGUAAGAGCGAUGACAUUUGGGCGCUCGGAAUCUCACUUCUCGGAAUGAUGGCCCAGUGGCCUUGUUAUCUUGUGAAGCAGGAGAAACUCUAUCCGCGAAAGUGCGUCACCCACGCACAAAUCUUGAACACGCUAAAUCCUGGCAAUGACUUAGUCAAGAUCCUGUUACGGCUACUUGAAUGGGAUCACGAGAAGCGAAUCACCGCUUCUGAGCUGGUGAGGCUGACGGCUGAGCGUCUAGAGGCUCGCCCCAAUUUUGUCGAGGAGCUGAAGUCUCCCGAGGGCUUCCAGCCUUUGGUGUUCUGGUAG